CAGCGAGUAGCACGUAUGAAGGCACACGAGGGGGUGGGUGGCCAGCACCACGCCCGGCCGCCUUUGUCUCCCUCGUGGCAAUGUUUUUACGCACAGCACCAGGUACUCAUUUGAGGCUGAGUCGAUCUAGGGGAGGCCCAGUACAGGUUCAGAUAAUCGUCACCGGUGUUGGCCGUGAGCGCGAAUCGAACUCGGGUCGCCGGGUUCGUAGCGCUAACUACUACACUACAUCGCUAACUACUACACACAUCACACACAUUCAUACACAUACCACUCACCCACCCACGCACAACACUCCCACCCACACAUGACACUGACUUUGAACAAGCGAGACAGACAGAGAGAGAGCCUUGCCAAGCGGCUGGCGGUGUUCCACAGCACAGAGAGGACGAUCGCCACUCGCCUACGGCACUAGCCAUUCGUGUACAACGCGUGUGACACUGCAUGCACGCUGUGUGUGUUGAACUUCUUUCACGCCGUACGUAGCCAACCCUGCUAAUCGGAGGUGCGUGCGGGGUUGACAACAACAACAGCAAGAUAAUUCUCGGCCAGCAGACUGCAGGCGAACGUAGCGUGCGUUCGCGUGAACACGACACACUUAUUUCUCGCAAGAGACGCGUCUCAUCAGCACACGCGCGAACACAGCAGCAGAGCCAUGCACGAGUUCGCUUCGCCUGCUCUCUCGGUGCCUCUGCUUCUCAUCUUCGUCCUCCUCCUCCUGCUGCUGCUGCUACAGAGGAAGAACAUCUUCAUCACGCGGCCCUAUCGCUUCCCCACGGGGCCCCCGAUUCUGCCCGUGUUGGGCAACUUCAUGUGGAUGGGUCGCAAUCCUGUCGCAGGGUUACAGCAGAUGGCCACAAAAUAUGGGAAAGUGUACAGCAUAUUCAUUGGUUCGAUGCCGCUGGUGGUGGUGAACAGCUACCAACUCGUGAAGGAGGUUCUCAUGUCACACGAUUUUUCCGAUCGACCGUACAUUCCACUUAUGGAAAUAAUGAAACAAAACCUUGGCAUCGUAGGUGCUCCGUACGGCGAAGCCUGGAAGCGACAGCGCAGAUUUACUUUGUCAACCCUUCGCAAUUUUGGAUUCGGAAGGAAAACCAUAGAAGAGAGAAUCCUCACGGAGGCCAAGGUCCUCAUGGAAACCUUCAAGCAGGAGGCCACAGCCUUUGACCCUCACUUUAAUAUUAACAACGCGGUCAGCAACAUCAUCUGUUCGCUGGUGUUCGGAAGCCGCUUUGACUACGUCGACCAGGACUUUCAGGAGCUGCUGCAUCUCAUAGAGGAAAACUUGGUGCUGCAAGGGGGCCUACUUGGGCAGAUCUGCAACAUAUUCCCAGUGCUGUGCAAGUUGCCCGGGCCGCAGCAGAGAAUGUUAACCUCGCAGGCAAAGGUCCAGGCCCUCGUGGACGCCAAGAUUGCCGAGCAUCGUGCAACGCUGGACCCCAGCAACCCCAGGGACCUGAUCGACGCCUACUUGGCGGAGAUUGAGAAGGAGAAGGGCGACCCGAACAGCCCCUUCAAGGACAAGAAUCUGUCCAUGGUGACCUUGGACCUCUUCAUCGCUGGCACCGAGACGACCUCCACGACCCUGCGCUGGACCCUGCUCUACAUGAUGGCGUACCCAGACAUACAGGCUGCCUGCCACAAGGAGAUCGACGAGGUCGUGGGCGCGGACCGCCUGCCCGCAAUGGAGGACCGGCCCAAGAUGCCCUUCGUAGACGCAGUCAUCCACGAGAGCCAACGAUUCAGCAACAUCGUGCCACUCGGCCUGGUGCAUUCCACAUUGAAGGACGUGGAAUUUGAAAACUACCUGCUGCCCAAGGGAACUAUGGUAUUGACGAACUUUACAUCGGUGCUGUUUGAUGAGAGCCAGUGGGAAGCCCCACAUGAGUUCAACCCUGGUCGCUUCCUGGACGGCAGCGGAAAAUUCGUCAAACCCGACGCCUUCCUGGUCUUUUCUGCCGGUCCCCGCGUGUGCCUGGGAGAGAACCUGGCCAGGAUGGAGCUCUUCCUCUUCUUCACGUCUCUGCUGCAACGCUUUCAGUUCUACUGGCCCGACCCGGCUUCAAAGCCAAACCUGGAGCCCAAAUAUCAGUUCACGCAGGCACCGCAACCGUACAAGAUGGGAGUGCGCCCACGUAACUCGUGAAUCGACAAAAAGCCGGGACACGUUCGACGUACCGGCAGGGCUUGCAGAUUUCCCAGCGCUGCCGACGAUCCUCCGGCAAAAAUACGGGACAAGGUGGCAACUUUAGCAGAGGGCAGCCUUGCUGUUUGCUCCAGAGCAGCAAGGGUGCACAUGCCAAGGAGGGUGUAGACCCGUGUUCUUCUUGGCAUUCUCACUGCCCGUUAUUUAAAAAUUCAUGUAUAAUUCUUAAGCAGUAAUUUCCUUCGGAUGUCUGUAAAACAUUUUUUUUUAUUAAUGUGACAGCUAUUGCUGUCUUCCAUUAAUCCAUCAACAGGCACAUACAACGAGUAUGGCAGCAGAGCAAGUUUUCCUAAUGAAUCGUUGCGCAGUAGCGUCAGCUGUGCUUGUUCAACAUGAGUACAUAUACCGACACUUUGGUGGUACACAUUCUACAAAAGAGGGUGGAUGUAUGUGCAGUGAAAGUAACGAGUGAAGGGACCGUGAGACUAAAGACGUUAUUUUAGGCAGCCAAAUCAGAUGUAUAGCGGAAAAAUGCGUUCAGCAAAACUAUUUCCCAUUUAAUAACGUCACGGUAAAGUUUGUGCGAGUUACGAUGUAUCACUACGCACACGCGGUGAGAGGGUGGGACAAACAACGAAGGGUACGCCGCCGUAUCGCACCGCUCGGCUGGGGGUGCAUUCCGCAUUGUACCGACUGCAUUCCGUAUUAUAACGAGCGCGUUCCACAUUAUAACAGCCGCGUUCCGCAUUAUAACGGCUGCGUUACGUAUUAUAUCGGGCGCGUUCCGCAUUGUAAUGGCCGUGUUCCACAUUAUAACAAGCGCGUUCCACAUUGUAACAGCCGUGUUCCGCAUUGUGACGAGCGCGUUCCACAUUGUAACGGACACAUUCUGCGUUUUGCAAAGUGUUCCCCGGUGGAAGAACCGCGUAAUUGCGAAAACGCGUUAUCGUGUGAACACACGUUAAGCGAGGACUUGCCGUACAAGUAUCUUAGCCAAGUAUCAAAACAUCCUCUUUCUCAUCUUCGACACGGAAACAUUUGACAUCUACUUUAUGCCCAUCUCAGACUAUGCUGACAUGACAUUAUUGCAUGAUAUAAUUUAUGCAAAAGGGAUCUGAAACUUUUUUUUCCAAAAUCUAAAACUCGCCCCGAAUGAUAUAUCCAUAUCCAAUUUAUGACUUUCCGCGGUGCACUGCAAAUCUCAAAUAAAAUUACCAAAUUGUC